AUUUCGGUUUGGUUGUAAUAAUUUCUCAUAUUCAAUCUCACAAAGUUUAAAUAUAAAUUUACCUAAUCUUGAAAUUUUGGAAAUUGAAGAUACGGCACCAUUUCAACUAAUAAAUCGAAUAAUUCAAGGAACACAAGGAAAGCUUGAAAGAAUAUAUGUAAAUGGUUUACUAUCUCAUAACUUAUCUAAUGACCCGAGAACGAUCAAUCAAAGCAUUCUUAAUUCAUGUCCAAAUCUCAAGGUUCUCACUACUCUUGUCACUCAAGAUACAUUUGACACCAUUUUAGCAAUAUUAUCUUCUUGUUUUAAACUAGAAUGUAUCGCAUUACAUUCAAAUACUACUAAAUUAGAUUCAAAUAUUAUUUUAAAUCAUUUAGCCCUACACCCUUUAAGACGUUUAUAUAAUUUAAAAUUCGAUGGUUUGAGUUGGACAUUUUCAUUAAGUACUAUGAAAUUAUUUUUAGAAGGUUUAGAAAAGGUAGAAUUAAAAAGGAGGCUCAAUAUUACAAUUAAUUCAAAUGACAUUGAUUUAAAUAAGGAUUCGUUUUUGAAUUUAUUUGAGAUAUAUUACUUAAAAGGGUUGCUUGGUUCAUAUUUUAUUGAGAGUGAAGAUGAAUUUGAUAAUUGGCAAUUGUCUAAUAUUUAG